GCGCAAUCAAUAAUAAUAGUUUAUAUUAUUAUAUUUUUUUCAUAGCAUUUGCUCUUUUUUUUAUUUUUUAUUUUCAUCAUACCUGUAUAAUAUAAAAAAUUAAUUUUGUAAUAUAUAAAUAUAUAUAAAAAAGAACAUAUAUAGAAAUGUUUAAUUUUAAAUUAGUAUUAGUAGGACCAGGAGGUGUUGGUAAAUCAUGUUUAACUAUUCAAUUUAUCGCUCAAAAAUUUGUAGAUGAAUAUGACCCAACAUUAGAAGACAGUUAUAGAAAACAAACCACAGUGGAUGGAGAGGAGUGUCUUUUAGAUAUCUACGACACAGCAGGUCAAGAAGAUUUCAGUGCAGUCAGAGAUCAAUACAUGCGUACAGGUGAGGGUUUCCUCUGUGUAUACUCUAUUACAUAUUUACAAAGUUUCAAAGAAAUUCAUCGUUUACACAACCAUCUCUUAAAGGUUAAAGAUCUCGACUCUGUUCCAUUCGUAUUAGUAGGAAACAAAUGCGAUCUCAAUGAAUAUCGUGAAGUUAGUACCGCCGAAGGUGAAGAGUUAGCAAAAAAACUCAAUUGCAAAUUUUUAGAAACCUCCGCCAAAGAAAGAAUUAACGUAACUGAAGCUUUCUAUGAAUUGGUUAGAGAAGUUAAAAAAGCUCGUCAAUCAAAUCAACAUACCGCCUCUGAAAGCAAUACCGAUCAACCAAUCAAAAAAAAGAAAUCAUCUUGUAAUUUAUUAUAAAAACACAAAAAUUAUUUAAAUUCAUCAUUUUAAUAUAUUU